AUGAAAGGAAGAGACAUGGACAAGAAGUCGCUCUUGGUGGUCCAGGCUAACCUGCAGAGGAAAGACGCGGCCACCACAGAACUGAUAAUGGAGGGACAAAGUAGGAAGGUGGCGGUGGCGAUGGUACAGGAACCGUACGUGGGAAGAGAAGGGAAAAUGAAGAACUACGGAUGCACCAGAAUCUUCCAGUUCGUGGGUAAAGCAGAAAAGGUAGUCAAAGCUGCUAUCGUGUUGUUUGAUCCAAACACCGAUGCAACACUUUGCCCAGACCUCACCACUCCAAACAUCGUAGUGGUGAAAGCAAAAACCCACGAGCAGGACGUGCAUCUCGUAUCAUUUUACUUCGAGCCCACGCCCACGCCCAUCGAACCCUACCUAAACGAGAUCCGGAAGAUUUGGAAGUCGGUAGGCCCUAACGUCAUCUUUGCAGGUGACGCCAAUGCCAAGAGCGACCUUGGGGGGAAAGAUUACGGAUAG